AUGGCGACCUUGAGGCCCCGGGAACCCCAUCUCCUCCUGCUCCUCCUGCUCGGGAUCUCAGGCUCCUCAGACCUCCUGGGAACGUUUCUGACUGGACACGACCUCAGAAGAGGGUGCAAAUGGCUGCACUUUCCACCUGCUGCCCAGUGGGUUGGGAGCACAGGCCAGGGGCCUUAUACCAGCCUGGACCCCUGCAGAGCCUCUGAGACAUGGAGCUUCAGGGCCUGGGCACGCAGGGUCCAGUGGCAUCUCGGGAUGAAAAGUUUUGCAGAUGCAUCGGAAGAGGAGCCGAGAAAACCCUGCAAGGGGCUCAUCAACAAGGACCACUAUGACUUAUUCAGUAUCAAUGACACUGCUGAGUGCUUCUCCAAGUGUAGGGCGGGAAGUCUUGAGUCCUGCAACCCAGGAAACCUGCAGAGGUACUGGCUAGACCUGGAGCGUUUUCUGGUGGAGAACGUCACGAAGUUAUGGAACACAUCUGUUGUCCAAUCUGAUGUUGUGAAGGCUCUCGUCCAGAAUGUUAGCACCAGUGUCCCAGAAGACCUGCACUUCUCUCUAACCCCCUCUGAGGUUCCAAAGCAGAUUAUGGGGGCCCAGCAGCCCUCAGACAGGGUCCGGCUGCCCCGAAGCCUUUUCAAAUCCCUGCAGGGUCACGGGCGAAAGGUUCGCUUGGCCAUCACCACCCUGAAUAUUGGCUCAGGGGAGAUCUUCAAGGGCCCCCAACUGAGUCAGGAGGAUGGCAGUUUUGUGCUCAACAAACGCCUGGUGGGGCUGAGUUUGAGCCUCAAGCCUGUCCACAGGCUACCGGAGCCUCUGGAGAUUACCUUUUCCCAUCCACCGCAGCCUAAGAACAUGACCUCCAUCUGCGUCUUCUGGGAUGUGGAUGAAGGGCCAGCAGGAGACUGGUCUUCCCGGGGCUGCUCCACAGUGCGGGAGACCACUAAGACUGUGUGUCAGUGCGACCACCUCACCUUCUUCACCCUGCUCGUGAGGCCGAUCUUAGACAAGGCCACUGUGCAGGCCCUCACGCGCAUCUCCCAGGCUGGCUGCGGCACCUCCAUGGUCUUCCUGGCCUUCACCAUUGUCUUCUAUGCUGCCCUGAGGUUCUCUGGGCAGAGGUUAAAGACGGAAGAUGCCCCCAAAAUCCAUGUGUCCUUGAGUGUGAGCUUGUUUCUCCUGAAUCUAACCUUCUUCAUCAACAUGGGACAUGGCGCCUCUGACUCAAGCCCAGCUUGCAAGGCCCGUGGUGCCAUCUUUCACUACUAUCUACUUUGCACCUUCACUUGGAUGAGCCUGGAGGCCUUUCACCUCUACCUGUUGGUCAUCAAGGUCUUCAACACCUACAUCAGCCACUACUUCCUGAAGAUCAGCCUUGUGGGCUGGGGCCUGCCUGCCCUCGUGGUCAUUGGCACUGCGAGUGCUAACAGUUAUGGUCGCUAUGUCAUCUGUGAUCAGGACCUUCGAGUUACGCUGGAGCUGUGCUGGUUCUGUAAAACCGCCCUCUCUGCCCUCUACACCACUGUCCACGGCUACUUUAUCAUCACCUUCCUCUGCAAUGCCGUAAUCCUGGGUCUGGUAGCUUGGAAGAUCUUCACUCUGCCAAGUGCCACAGCAGGCAAGGAGAAGAGCCAGAACUGGAAGGCAGUGCUCACCAUGCUGGGCCUCUCUUCUCUGCUGGGCAUGACGUGGGGGUUGGCCGUCCUCACACCGCUGGGCCUGUCCAUCAUCUACAUCUUUGCCCUGCUCAACUCCCUGCAAGGUGUCUUCAUCUUCUGCUGGUUUCUGGUGCUCUACUUCCCACAUCAGCGGUCCACUGCCUCCUCCUCUGGCACUGCCCGAGUCGACCAGGCUCAAUUCACAUCUCAUGAGUAG